CAUAUAUCCAUGUGGGCUUGAUCGACGUUGUUUACAAAAUCAUGCUUGGAUUUAUCUUAUAAAUUAUUUCUAGUUGUUAUGUGAAAAUGGCUGACGAUGCCAUAUUUGAUAAAAAGAAGUCACAUCACGCGAAACGUGCCGGAAGGAAAGCUGAUAAAAAGAAGAAAAAAAAUGCAGUUGAUCAAUCUAACCUAAGUGCUAGACAGAGAAACCCGAAGGCAUUUGCCAUCCAAUCUGCUGUACGAGCUGAAAGGCAGUUUAGACGACGAGAAGAUGUUAUUUCUAAGAAACAGCAUAUCCCCCAAGUGGACAAGACGCCACUGGAGCCUCCUCCGAUCGUCGUAGCAGUUGUUGGACCGCCUCGUGUAGGCAAGACAACACUCAUAAAUAACUUAAUUAAAAGUUUUAUAAAAACUAACGUAACCAGUACUAACGGCCCGAUUACUAUAGUCACCUCAAAAAAACGUCGCUUAACCUUGAUUGAAUGUAAUAACGACGUCAAUUCCAUGAUAGACAUAGCAAAAUGCGCGGAUUUAGUUCUACUUCUAUGUGACGCUAGUUUUGGCUUCGAAAUGGAGAUAUUUGAAUUCCUUAACAUAUGUCAGGUGCAUGGUAUGCCUAAAAUUAUGGGUGUACUCACACAUCUUGACAUGAUCAAGAAUGCAAAAACUUUGAAAACAACAAAAAAGACACUAAAACAUCGUUUUUGGACAGAGGUUUAUCCUGGAGCAAAAUUAUUCUACCUCUCUGGUAUUGUACAUGGUGAAUACCUGAGAAAUGAGAUCAAAAAUUUGUCUAGAUUUAUAUCUGUGAUGAAAUUCAGGCCUCUAAGCUGGCGCAUGACUCAUGCAUACAUCUUAGCGGAUCGCUUGGAGGAUAUUACGAGUCAAGAAAUUAUCAGAAAGGAUCCUAAAGUUAAUAGAGAUGUAGUACUCUAUGGUUAUGUCAGGGGUGUACCAUUAAUGAAAGAAGCCGUGGUGCAUAUUGCAGGUGUAGGAGAUAUGAAGAUAAGUGAACUAUCAUACUUACCAGAUCCUUGUCCAUUACCGAGCAGAGAAAAGAAACGCCACCUGAUGGAAAGAGAGAGACAGAUUUAUGCACCAUUCUCUGGUGUUGGUGGAAUUGUCUAUGAUAAAGAUGCAGUAUAUAUUGAACUCCUCGGUUCACACUCCCAUAAACAAGAAGAUGAAGAAACAAAUGAGAAGAAAACGUUAAUUAAAAAUGUUGUUGAAACAAAAGAGACACUGGAUGAACAAAUGCAGGAAUCUGGUUUUAAGCUUUUUAGCGGUGGUGCUGUGAUAUAUCCUGAUAUGGUAAAAGAUGAUGAAUAUCUACAAAAUGGUAAACAGGAAGAUUCUGAUUCAUCAGGAGAUGAUGAAGAUGAUAAUGAUGAAUCAGAUAGUGAUAGUGGUAUAGAUGAAAAUGAAAAAGAUGGUGAUGGGAAUAACAAACUGCCAUGGGAUAACAACUCGGGUUCUGAAGCAGAGGGUGAUGAACACGAAAAUGGCGAUAAUAAAAAUUCAGAUCAAGAGGAAAAUUCUGAUAAUAAUACUGAUUUUAAUACAAAAUGGAAAGAAAAAUUGGGUGAGAAAGCAACCAUGGCUUACUUUGAAAGACAAAAGACUUCAAAAAAUAUAAUGAAGUUAGUAUAUGGGGAUUAUGAAAUAGGAAAUAAAAAUAAAGAACAAAAAGAUGAUGGAAGUGACAGUGAAGAUGAAGAAAUUGGUGGUUUAUUUAAGAAAGUAACAAGCACUGAGAAGAAAAAGCAAAAGCAGAAAGAACAGCAAGAUGUUGAUGAAUGUUCCUAUUUUUAUUCAAAUGGCAAACCAAACAUAAAGGAUUGGACGAGUGAAACCAAUAAACAGUUCCUCUUGAAGAAUUUUGUAACAGGCAAAAGAUUGCCUGAUGAAGAUGCCUCUGAGCUUCUAAAACUAGAUGAUGCAAGUGAUGGUGAUGAGGAACUUUAUGGUGAUUUCGAAGAUUUGGAAACAGGAGAAAAACAUGUCAACAAAGAUGUUUCAAAUGAGCAAACUAAUGAUGAAGCAUCGGGUAUAAAACGCAAAGCGGAGCCAACGAAAUCUGAAAUUCUCGAAAAGAAGUUAAAGCUUAAAGCAAAAUUUGAUUCAGAGUAUGACAAUCCAGAUGACCAUAGAAUUAAAGGCGAUCAUUCUUAUUACGAAAGUCUGAAAGCAGAGGCUCUUAAACAAUCUGAGUUAAACAAAUCCGUUUUCGAAAACCUCGACAGUGGCUUAAGAGUUGAAGUGGAGGGCUUUAGGCCAGGGUUAUAUGUUCGGAUGCUGUUCAAAGAUAUGCCCUCCGAGUUCGUGACUAAUUUCGAUGCCAGUUACCCAAUACUGAUUGGUGCACUAAAUAUGGCGGAGCAGAACAUAGGUUUUGUAUCUUGUAAAGUCAAAAAGCAUAGAUGGUAUAAGAAGAUUCUUAAAACAAAUGAUCCUCUCAUAAUAUCUUUGGGUUGGCGACGCUUCCAAACCCUUCCCAUAUAUUCCAAGAUAGAGGAUGAUUUGAAAUGUAGGUAUUUGAAAUAUACUCCAGAACAUGUCACAUGUAAUAUGCACUUCUAUGGCCCAAUUACACCACAAAAUACAGGGUUCUUAGCUCUUCAAACAGUCAACAAUAACCCAAAUGAGAUAAAACAGUUAGGAUUUAGAAUAGCUGCUACAGGCAGUGUGAAUGAAAUUAAUAAAUCUACACAAAUUGUUAAAAAACUCAAGUUAGUUGGCACUCCAUUGAAAAUAUACAAAAAGACUGCAUUCAUAAAAGAUAUGUUUACAACCACUUUAGAGGUAGCGAAAUUUGAAGGUGCCAGAGUGAAAACUGUAUCAGGGAUCAGAGGUCAAAUCAAAAAGGCGUUAAAUAAACCAGAAGGUGCAUUCCGUGCCACAUUUGAAGAUAAGAUUCUUAUGAGUGAUAUUAUAUUUUGUCGCACAUGGUUCAAAGUAGAUGUAACGAAGUUUUAUGCUCCGGUGGUUAAUCUAUUAUUACCAGCUGGAAGUAAAAAUGCUUGGCAGGGUAUGAAAACUAAAGGACAGUUAAAAAGGGAGCGGAAUAUUCAAAACGAUGCUAACACUGAUUCUAUGUACACCAACAUACAAAGAGAACCAAAGGUAUUUAAGCCUUUGGUUAUUCCUAAAGCUUUGCAAAAAGGGUUACCAUAUAGAUUUAAACCAAAAGAACGUAAAACGACUUUAUCUGGUGUUAAAGCUAAGGAUAUAUUCAAAGACAGAAUAGCUGUUAUUAAGAGUCCACAUGAGCAGAAGGUGUCAAAUGUUAUGAAAAUGUUGAAGACAAACUUUGAACAAAAGAAGGAGAAAGAAAAAGAAGCUACAGCGGAGAGGUUGCAGAAGCAUAAGAAACAAAUAGAGGAAGAAGAGUGGCGGAAAUUAAAGAGGCAAAAGGAACUGAAGAAAAAGAUUUGUCGCCAUUUAAGUAAGAUGUCCAAUAAAAAGAAACCACAGAUGUAGGUGUAAAUAUAUUUUAU